AUGAAAUACGUGAGAAUAAGCUUCCUACCCUACCUACCUUACCUACCCUACCUACCCUACCUACCCUACCUACCCUACCUACCCUACCUACCCUACCUACCCUACCUACCCUACCUACCCUACCUACCCUACCUACCCUACCUACCCUACCUACCCUACCUACCCUACCUACCCUACCUACCCUACCUAUCCUACCUACCAUACCUACCAUACCUACCCUACCUACCUUACCUGCCCUACCUGCCCUACCUACCCUACCUACCCUACCUACCUUACCUACCUUACCUACCCUACCUACCCUACCUACCCUACCUACCCUACCUCCCCUCCCUACCCUACCUUCCCUACCUACCCUACCUACCCUACCUACCCUACCUACCCUACCUACCCUACCUACCCUACCUACCCUACCUACCCAACCUACCCUACCUACCCUACCUACCCUACCUACCCUACCUACCCUACCUACCCUACCUACCCUACCUACCCUACCUACCCUACCUACCCUACCUACCCUACCUACCCUACCUACCCUACCUACCCUACCUACCCUACCUACCCUACCUACCCUACCUACCCUACCUACCCUACCUACCGUACCUACCCUACCUACCCUACCUACCCUACCUACCCUACCUACCCUACCUACCCUACCUACCCUACCUACCCUACCUACCCUACCUACCCUACCUACCCUACCUACCCUACCUACCCUACCUACCCUACCUACCCUACCUACCCUACCUACCCUACCUACCCUACCUACCCUACCUACCCUACCUACCCUACCUACCCUACCUACCCUACCUACCCUACCUACCCUACCUACCCUACCUACCCUACCUACCCUAUCUACCCUACCUACCCUACCUACCCUACCUACCCUACCUACCCUACCUACCCUACCUACCCUACCUACCCUACCUACCCUACCUACCCUACCUACCCUACCUACCCUACCUACCCAAUAAGCAGAUGUGUAAUCUGCUUAUUGUCAAAGAACCGUCAGCAAUGUUACGAUAG